AUGUCAGCUGUACGAGGCCAUCUUCUUUCUCGGGGGUUCCCCGCAUAUCCCCGCGCCCUUCUUCGGAAAACCAAAACUCCCCACCUGCACGUUUCGUCAUUCAGAGCUACUCGGUAUAGCAGCUCCAAUAGCUCAGAGAUCACUUCUAAAAGCCAGAGUAAUUUUGCUGGAUCAAAUUUCCCCGCUCAAGCGGCUCCCAGCUUCUGGACGUCCGGCAAGGCGCUCCUUGCUUGUGUCUUGGCUGCUGGCAUUGGCUACACGUAUGCUGCCACUAGUCGGCCGUCGCAGUUGGAGAGUUCAAAAAAGCCUCGAUAUGGGACGGCAAAGGCUUUCGAAAAGGCCAUUGCUGAGUUGCGAAUCACGCUCGGCGAUGAUGCUAUUAGUACGGACAAGGAUGAACUUCAACAGCAUGGAUAUUCAGAAUGGUCUUCCGUGAACGCGGAUCGUCUUCCGGUCGCCAUUGCCUACCCAACGUGCACGGAAGAUGUGGUGAAGAUCGCCAAAGUUUGUCAAAAAUACAGGAUGCCAAUGGUUCCUUACUCUGGCGGUUCAAGUCUCGAGGCAAACUUUUCAGCUCCUUACGGGGGGUUGACCAUUGAUUUCGCCAUGAUGAACAAGAUACUUGAGAUUCACGAAGAUGAUAUGGAUAUCGUCGUCCAGCCAUCCAUCCAAUGGAUGGAACUGAAUGAAAAAAUCAAGGACACCGGUCUCUUCUUUCCAGUCGAUCCUGGUCCGUCAGCAAUGAUCGGUGGCAUGAUUGGGACCAACUGCAGCGGGACCAAUGCAGUACGCUAUGGAACGAUGAAGGACUGGGUGAUCAACCUGACAGUCGUCCUGGCAGACGGCCGGGUAAUGAAGACUAGGAGACGCCCCCGAAAGACCUCUGCUGGCUAUAACUUGACAGGAAUGUUUGUAGGCUCUGAGGGUACUUUGGGUAUUGUCACCGAAGCAACUCUCAAGCUCGCCCCGAUUCCAGAACAGACUCGGGUUGGAGUUGUUGCAUUCCCCACGAUCCGGGAUGCUGCGUCGACUGCCAUGCAGCUUAUACGAAAAGGAAUCCCGGUACAGUGCAUGGAGAUUCUGGACGAUGUCCAGAUGGAUGUCAUCAACCGUGCUGGCGGUACCGGCCGGACUUGGAAGAUUUUGCCCACGCUUUUUUUCAAGUUCUCCGGUACUAAAGCUGGAGUUUCUGACAGUAUCAAUCUGACGAGAGAAGUUGCCAAGAGCAACAAUGCAGCAUCAUUCGAGUUUGCCCGAGACGACCGAGAGGCACAUGAUCUUUGGUCGGCGCGAAAGCAGUCGUUAUGGAGCAUGAUGUCCUUGCGGAAGGAAGGUUCGGAAGUGUGGUCAACAGAUGUUGCCGUUCCGAUCUCCAGGCUACCUGAUAUUAUAGAAAUAUCAAAGAAGGAGCUUGACAACCUGGGGUUGUUCGCCAGUAUUUUGGGUCAUAUCGGAGACGGAAACUUCCAUUCGAGUAUAAUGUACGACAGAAAGGAUGCCGACCAAAUGGAGCGGGUUGAGAAGGUCGUCCACGAUAUGGUCGACCGCGCCCUAGAGAUGGAAGGAUCUUGCACCGGCGAACACGGCGUGGGGCUGGGCAAGAAGGCAUCUUUGAAAAAGGAGCUUGGCCCGGCUACUCUUGAUGUCAUGCGUAGCAUCAAGAAAGCCCUUGAUCCUCACUGGUUGUUGAACCCUGGUGUCCUGGGCGCCACCGGUUCGGUCGGCCAACGAUUCAUUCUCCUCCUCGCGGACCACCCUUUCCUAGAGCUGCACGCCAUUGGCGCAUCGAAUCGCUCGGCUGGCAAGAAAUACAAGGAUGCUGUCAGAUGGAAGCAGACUACGGCUAUGUCUGAGAGGCUUAGCAAUCUCGUCCUGCGCGAUUGCAGGGCUGAUCAGUUCAGCGACUGUGACCUUGUCUUCUCGGGCCUCAACAGCGACGUAGCUGGUGAAAUUGAGAUGGAAUUCAUCAAGGCCGAAAUCCCUGUCUUCUCUAACGCCAAGAACUAUCGAAAGCAUCCCCUUGUUCCUCUCGUCGUCCCUACCGUCAACCCCCAUCACUUGGAUCUCAUUCCUCACCAAAGGAAAGAGUUCGGCCUGAAGAAGGGUUUCUUAGUUUGCAAUUCUAACUGCGCUGUGAUUGGCGUUGUCAUCCCUUUUGCCGCUCUCCAAGCCAAGUUCGGCCCUGUUGAGGAUGCGGAAGUUUUCACCGAACAGGCCGUGUCUGGCGCUGGCUACCCUGGUGUUCCCAGUAUGGACAUCAUGGACAACGUUAUCCCCUAUAUUAGUGGUGAAGAGGACAAACUUGAGAACGAAGCCCAAAAGAUUCUGGGAUCUCUGAACGCCGAUGCCACUGCCUUCGAUGAACAAAAGGGGCUUACGGUUGGAGCCACCUGCACUCGUGUUGGUGUUACCGAUGGCCACAUGGCUUUCGUCUCAUUGCGGUUCAAGAACCGGCCCGGACCCAGCGCGGAAGAAGUCAAGCAGGCUAUGCGAGAAUACCAAUCCGAGGCUCAAAAGCUUGGUUGCCCUUCUGCUCCUCAAGAGGCGAUCAAAGUUUUUGAUGAGCCUGACAGACCUCAACCCAGACUUGACCGGGAUAUCUCGAAGGGAUACACUGUCAGUGUGGGCCGUGUUCGUGAAGCAGCAUMGGGCAGCCACUUUGACCUGAGAUUCGCUGCACUCUCUCACAACACCGUCAUUGGAGCCGCAGGAUCGUCUAUCCUUAACGCCGAGGUUGCAGUCAUCAAGGGCUACAUUUAG